AUGGGCCACAUUGUUCCUGUUUGUGAUGCAAAAUUCCAGCAACCUAUUGCAAAUGCUGACAUGGAUGUCAACUGUGUACAGGCAAUCUCCAUUGCACCCUGUAAGCUUUUUAUUGACGUCAAGGUUUAUCAGAAGGUUUUGCACAUGCAAGUCGACAUUGAUGCUGAUAAAGAUAAAUUUGACAUUCCUGCUGAACGAACUCACCACAUAGUUUCACCUUUAAAAACGGACAAUCAGUAUGAGUUCUGGGUAACAGCAGUUACAACAGUUGGAGAGGGAUCAGAAUCAAGGCAUAUAGUGCAAGCACCAACUGAUAAUGCCCCAGCAAAGAUAGCCUCAUUUGGUAAAUUUAUCACUACAGCUCUUCAUGAAACUCUAAGACUAUCAUGCCGUGCUGUAGGCCAACCUGAUCCACAUCAGUACUGGAGGAAGAAUGGAAACCCAAUUGAAGAGGAUAGUCGUACACAAAUAAUUGAUGCUUGGUUACUGCAGAUCAGUCCAGUACAGAGCACUGAUGCUGGAAAUUAUUCAUGUUCAGCAGAAAAUAUAUAUGGGAAAGAUAAAAUCACCUACUAUGUUGCAGUACAAGUUCCACUAGCACCAACUAAUUUGCAUGCUUCAUCGGCAACUGUUUCAAGCAUCACACUAAAUUGGCUGCUUUCAUCAGAUACUGAUCAUAAGAUUCAAGGCAAUUAUUUAUAUUACAAGAGGGAAUUUGGAGAAUGGGAAAGAAUCAAAUUAAAGGCAGAGGAGACUGGUUUUACACUUAACCAUCUCCAAUGUGGCACAAAGUAUUACUUUUAUCUUGAGGCAUUCAGUCAACUUCGGCACAGUGAGCCAACAUCUACAAUCACUGCAUUUACCCAGGGUUCAGCACCAUUUGCACCGAGCAUAUCUGAUUUAAUACAAGUAAAUUCCAGUUUCAUUUUGUUAAACCUGACAUCAUGGGAUGAUGGCGAUUGUCCUAUUACAUCUAUUGUAAUUGAGUAUAGACAAAAGAAUGAUAAUUCCUGGACACUUGUUUCAAAUAACAUCAAGAAAGAGCAGAGUGAAUUUCUCAUUUUAGAUCUAAAUCCAGGCACUUGGUAUACCUUACGUGUUACUGCUCAUAACAGUGCUGGUUCAACCGUGGAGCAUUACAAUUUUGUUACUCUCACACAUUUUGGAGCUACAGUUGCUCCAGAAUUAAGAACACCUCCUGGAUCUGGAAGAAAACCAUUUUAUAAUGAUGCAGGAACAGUAGCAGCUAUUAUCAUUGGUCUAACACUUGCUGUUAUUGCAGCUGCUGUUUUGUUUUUCUGUUUGAGAAGACACAAUAUGAUAUCAUGUAACAAGUACAGAGAGAAACCCCAAGAUACAGGACAGUUAGCCAUUGCAGACAAAAGAGUGGCACAGAAUACAUAUGUUAACAGCGAUAGUGGUAAAGACUCCUCAAACAUCCCAGAACCAACAUAUCUGCCAAAUCCCAUGUGCAUGACUCUUGGUCACCGGCAAAACAUAAGUCCAUAUGCAACUUUCCAAGUGCCAGUUUCUGGUGGCCCUAACUGCUCUGAUGGUGAAGUGGAAUCAGAGACACAGGAUAUCAGUCACAAACAACACAUAAGCAAGUGUGGUAGCAGCACUGAGUCAACAUACUCCAGAAUUCAUAAAGGAUUUCAGCAUGGAAAUGAAACUCCUGAAUGGAUUCCUUUGCAUAAUUUGUAUCAAGCACACAGAUACUAACAUCCAUCCUUCACAGUUUGCAAUAUGACUAAGUCAUUGAAGAAUGCAGUAAAGAGAAGCAAGUCAACUACUAAGUGCCUUCUAACUGAAGAAAUAAAACACUAUUUAUAAAGCUU